UGCCGAAGAAGAACCACGUUCAGCACCUUCCGACUGUGGAAAUGGCGCUCUACGUUGUGGAAGCCUGAAGUCGGAGGGAGCUUUCCGUGCUUGUCAGUUGCAGUUCUCCAGAGGAUUCGGCGCACGAAUUGUAAUUUUAUGAGUAGCGGAUUAUGACAGAUGACAGAAGGAGUCGGCGGAUUCGUCAAGUAACGCAAAGCAUUCGUGGCACCGAUAACGCCGUCGCACAGUGAACAAUGCAUGACCUGACGGCACAGGUCACCAGCAGCCUGCUGCCUUUCCCAGGAGUUACUACAGAUGCUCUGGGGGAGGAUGAGAUCACGUUGGACUCUAUUCUUCAUGGGCGGUUCACUGUUGGCCGCAGUGGCCUGGCCUGGCUGGCGUGUGGCCCACAUCUGGAGGUUGUCCAUGCGGUGACAGGAGAACGGCUGUCUGCGUACUGCUUCAGCAGUGGAGCAGAACACCCACCAAGUGUCCUUGCUGCCAGGGACUUCAGCUGGCUCAAACGGUCUGGGUUGCUGGUUGGCUUAGAGGAAACAGAGGGCAGCGUGCUAUGUCUUUAUGACUUGGGACUGUCAAGAGUGGUCAAAGCUGUGGUUAUACCAGGCAGGAUUACUGCAAUUGAGCCACUGGUGAGUUAUGGUGGAGCAAGCGCCUCAACACAGCACCUACACCAGAGCCUGCGCUGGUUCUUCGGCAUAGCUGCCGUAGUAACAGAUCUCGGACAUGUUCUGCUUGUGGACCUCUGCCUCGAUGACCUGUCCUGCAGCCAAACUGAACUGGAAGCUUCAGACCUGCAGAUAGUGACCAAAGCUCCUGCAGAGAUUCCCAGGCUGAGAGAAGUCAGCACCAGAGAGAGCAGACAUCUUUGUCUCCAGCUGAAUGGGCCUAGUGGAGUUAGCGCCACAGCUUUGCAGUACAUCUCCAGGACCAAUCACCUGGCUGUGGGAUUUUCUGAUGGACACUUACAGCUAUGGAACAUGAAGACUCUAAAGAAAGAAUACCACUCCCAGUUGGAGGCUGGUCGGGUGCCUGUACAUGCCUUCACCUUCCAGGAGCCAGAGAACGAUCCUAGGAACUGCUGCUACCUCUGGGCUGUCCAGUCUUCUCAAAAUCUUGAGGGAGAUAUGGUCAGCCUCCAUCUGCUUCAGCUGGCAUUCAGCGAACGAAAGUGUCUGCCCUCGGGGAAGAUCCUCUAUGAGGGUCUCGAGUACUGCGAGGAACGUUACAGUCAGGAGUUGGGUGGCACAGCCUUCCCUGCCAGGGCACAGAGCACAAACAUCCGCUUGCUGAAUUGUCAGACAAUUGAGAAAUUCAGACCCCACCCUGACAGGGAUGACAGCAUGAAUGAAGUUGCAUCUCCGGAUACGAGUGUGUCUAUCUUCAGCUGGCAAGUCAAAGCAUAUGGUCAGGGAAGACCAUCUAGCUACAUUGGAGUGUUUGACAUCAACCGAUGGUACCAUGCACAAAUGCCAGACUCUUUAAGAAUGGGGGAGUCUUUCCAAAACUGUCCCUACCUGGCUGUUUGGUCCCUGGACACAGUGGAGCAGAUGGUGUCUCCUCAUGUCCUCAUCGAUGUGGUUGUGCACGACCGCAGCAUGAGCAGGGGACUUCCAUUCACCUGGCCCCCACCAGAACAAUAUUUUAAUCCCACCACCUAUAACUUUGAUGCAACCUGUCUGCUCAACUCUGGAAUUGUGCACUUAACCUGCUCCGGGUAUCAGAAAGAGACGCUGAGCUUUUUAAGGAAAGCUGCUCCCUGCUCCAGUGACAUCAUCUCCACUAGCUACUCUCGUUGUCUCAUGUCUGGUCUACUCUCAUCUCGCCUGGCUGACACCCAGGCCUCCAGCCUCUCUCAGGAGGAGCAGCUAGAUGCCAUCUUGUCCACAGCUGUGGAGACAAGCUCCCUGGGACUGAUCACUGGCUGUAUCAAGCAGUGGACCGCUGAAGAACAACCAGGAUCUGCGCUAAACCUGCGCUACAUUCUUGAUUGGGCCUGGAAUAAAGUAGUGCAGACCAAGGACGAACUGGAUGGCAUUUGUGCACCACUGUUUGACAGCUCCUCCAACUUCACAGACCCUCAGACCUUGCAGCUUCUGCAGCACAGCCAGAGGCUGCUCGGUAACCUCAGUACCAUCUUCCACUGUCUGCUCAGUGAAGCCCAGGAGCUCACACACAAAGGACUGAUGGGUCUCAUAAACAAGAACAUGGUGUCCAGUCUGAUUUCCAAGUACGCUCAGGUGGUCCUCUGGUUCUGUCGAACCGGUUUACUACCCGAGGCAUCAGAUGAGGAUACUCUUCAGAUCUCCCGGCCUUUCUACACCCACUCUGUCAUAAGCAACUACUAUGCUAUCCGUAGGGAGGAGCUCACCAGGCUGGCCAAAGGCAAGUGGUGUGCAGACUGUCUGAUGAUUGACGGUUUAGUUAACCGGUGUGGCGAACGCUUGACCAACCUGUGGAAGAGAGAUGAGGGUGGGACAGGACAAUACCCACCACCUACAUUACAUGCUUUGCUGGACAUUUAUCUACUGGAAAACAUUGAUGAAGCCACUAAACAUGCAAUUGUCAUUUACCUGUUGCUUGAUGUCAUGUACUCGUUUCCCAACAAAGAGGGAGCUUCAAUUGAGUCUUUUCCUACAGCCUUUGCCAUCCCUAUUGGACUAGUAAAGUUAGUACAAGGCCUCUGGCUGCUGGACCAUCAUGACCAUCAGAGUUCCUUUGAGCUGCUCCUGCAUCCGUCUGCCGGUCGGUGUCAGUUUGAUUGGCAGCAUGAACGUGUCCUGCAAGCGCUCAUGUGUCAAGGCCAACAUUCAGUGGCUCUCAGAUAUUUCCACGUUACAAAACCCCCGAUUUCAUCCACAUCUCAGGCCAAACUCUGCUUGUCUGUAUUACUACACAACAGAUGUCUUACAGAGGCAUGGUCAUUAAUUCGGCUGCACUCAAGUCGUCUUAACAUGGAUGAGUUGCUUGGCUUCCUGUACGAGAGCUGUCAAGAGCUAGGCCUCAUCAAGGAGCUGCUAAAGUUGCCUCUAAUGCCCAAUGAACAGGAAUGUUUGGAGAAGUUUCUUCAGUGUACAGGAGGCCUCCAGAACCGAGAACUACUGAUGGUUCAUUACCUCCAACACGCCAACUACAUACCUGCUCUGCAGCUUAACCACAGCCUCAAGAUGAACUUGGUGAACGAGAGAGAUCCGAAGCUCAAAGAACGAUCCAUCACCAGAAACGCAAUAAUGGAACAGUAUGGCAAAGUCCUGCCCAGAGUCCAGAGGAAACUGGCAAUGGAGCGAUCCAAACCCUACCAGCACCCGAACACUGUCCACCGAGAAGUUUCUCGGCCACAGCCGCUGUCUACUAUCACAAAGCGCUCUGCCAGCGACAAGCUGAUGUCUAGGGCUGGAUUCAUCAGCAAUGUCCUGACCAAGAUUGAAGAGGUGUGGUCAGGCAAAGAAGCCACACCACAGUCCUCCCCAGCCAGGAGUAGUCCUAAAGCAUCUCAUAGUUCAACUUCAAGCCCCAUGGGUUUGGUCCCAGAUCCCUUCCUGGGGACUCCUAUAACCAUGAGCUCCAAACGAAAGUCACGGCUGUUGGACUUGGUUGUUCACCCUUCCUGUCAGCCUCCUCGGCCUCUUCUCAGCCCCCCUAGACCUCCCAGCUCCUGGGUUUCUCCAAAGAGGGUCAGCAAAGCCCCUGAACUCAGUCUGCUGCAAACACCACAAGUUGUUAAGCGAGCGCGGGCCUUGGCAGCUUCGGGCCCUGUGUUCUCAGGCUUCACUCCCCAGUCCAUCCUGCGUAGCAGCCUCAGGCCCACACCUGUCGCCACACCCUCUGCUUCACCAGGGCGCUCCAUCACCCCACCGCUCCGCACCAAAGAGAGCCGGAUCAGCUUCAUAAAAGAGAUGGAAUCUCCAGAACCAGAGAAGGGCAUUCGAUGGACCAACGGAAUGGCAGCAGACACUGAUAUCUGCUUGCUGACCAGAAGCUCGACUCUGUCAAAGGCUUCAUGUAAAACGUGGCCCUCACAGCUGGCUGAGGAGGAAGAGGAUGAGCCUCGCGUUAAGUUCGUGCCUCCUGAAGGUGGUGUUCCCUCACCACAGCUUAGAUGUUCUGAGAGCGAGGCAUCCUCCGUCCAUGAAGCAGCUUCUGAGACCCGACCAUCCGAUGCAACACAAGCACAUCUUAGCAUCAGCUUUGACACAAGUCACAUAUCUGCCCGAUCAACAGACACCACUUUGGAGUAUUACGAUGCACCUCAGUACAAAGAACUGGAAGGAGAUGAGGGGCAAAUGCCUACAGGGGAAGAUGAAGACAUGGUCACACUCAACAUCAAAACCACAAAUGAAGAGAAGACCUCGCCGACCACACAGCAAUCCUCUGGUCUGUUGUCUGAGGAUAGAGAGGAAGAUGAAGCAAUGGUGACAGAUGACAAAGCACUGGAGGAUAUGAUAGAAAGAGGUCUUGAGCAGGAGGCCGAAAAUAAGGAAGAUGAGGAAAAACAUGAUGUUAAGUCAAGUAGAGAACAAGAAGAGACACCCAGUCACAGCCAAGUUUGUAACCAAGUAACAGAGAACACACACUUUGACACAGAGCUUUGGUUUGAGGGUCAACAAGUGAACAGCACUGAGCAGGACGACCAGGCAAAGGCCUCUGGAUUCACUGUGUCUCACAAACUAUCUGAAACUUAUGAACCCACCAAUGAAGCAGAAGGUGAAGUCGACCAAUCAACAGCAGAUCUAACAAAGUUUGUGGAGCAGCAUCUGUUUGGCAGUGAUCUGGCAUCUCCUCUCACUCGCUCAGGAAUCCAUGACGCGUCACUGACUCAGGUUUCAUUUACCAGUGAGUUUGUGGGUAAGGAUGAAGAGGAGGAGCAGGCUGCAGCUGAAGCUCCCCCAGUGUUCAGCAGCCAAAAGUCUUCUGUUUCUGUCACAUCCUCGGAGCCGACAGGCACAGACUCCCACUCUGUUGUGAGUGUAAACGAUAGUGAAGAACUUUCCAGCCCCAUGUCAGAGGAGGAGGAGGAUGAUGAUGAUGAUGAUGAGGAGGAGUCGGAGUCUGAUCAAGCUGAGGAGGAGGAGGAGGAGCAGGAGGACUCUGGUAGUGAGGUGGAGAUCAUUGAAGAGGUGCAGGGUAAUGGGAGGCUGCCCCCCCUCCAGUCCACAUCAGUCUUUGUACAACAAGGACACACCCACUUCCUGCCAACUGUGUCAGAGCAGGAGGCGGCUCAUUUCUCUCUGAUCACACCUGGUGCAGAGAUGAAGAUGGUAGAAGAGGAUAUGGAAGGAGAGGUGGUGAUGGUGAGACUAGGAGCAGAUGAAGCCGGAAUGCUUCCAGAUCAGGAUGAAGUACAAGCAUCACCAUUUGUGGAGCUCAAACCCUCCACCACCCUGUUGGUACCCCUGGAACUUGUAGAGGAACAGCAGGACCUGGUCGAUGGUGCAGAGCUAGGUCUAUCUGAGCUUCAGCAUGCUGUUGUCCAAGAAGAACUAAGAACUGAAACACACAGCAACUUCUCUCUGAUGCUGGACAUGGAGGAGGAUGUAGAUAAAGAGGCGCACACCCUCUCCAUUGAGAAUGAUCUGCUGCCUCCUGAUCUUUUCUCGCAGUGUCCAGCAGAGGAGGCUGGUGAUGAACACAUGAUCAAACCUGAGGAUAUUUUUUUGGACCCGAAUCACCAGGAACACCCCCAGACUGGAGAUUCCUCACAAGAAGUGCAGCUCGAUCAAAUGGACGGCUUGGAUGGACCAGAGUUUGAUAGAAUUGUAGAAUCUGAGCCUGUAAAACUCGAAGUUAGUCUACAGACGGAAAACACUGCGGCAAACCCAGUUACAGAAGAUGCUAAAGAACAGAAGGAAACAGAGUCGGUGAUACUGCCUCAGGAUCAGGAACCUGCAGCCCCGAUGGGAGAUCUCACAACAGCUGUGGCUGACGAGCACACUGCACCAGAGAAAGAUGCUGCGGAGGAGACGGGAGCAGUGGAGGACAAACACGCACCGGAUGAGUACCAGGAAGAGACUGAAAUAAAUGGGCCUGUUAAUAUAGAUGCAGACAGUGCCCUCGGUGCACAAAUGCUACCUGCUGGGAAGGAGCAGCAGAAAGAACAGGCAGCCUUGCCAGGAACAGAGGAGCAUAAUGAAGAAGAAAGGAAAGAGGAUGAGGCGAGAAAAGAUAAAGAUGUUGCAAAUAAAAAUAGCCAGUCAGAAGAACCACCUGUACCGGAGACCCCCAUGUCUCACAGGAAGAAAGCUCCUUCAACCCCAACACGGAUGACCACGAGAGGCAGGAGGACAGUAACGUUUGUCUCUCCUGUCACAGACGAAGGGGAAGGCAUAGAGAUUAACAUUCCAGCUCCUGCCUCACCUAGUCGUACACCUAGAAAAACUAAACAGGCCGCAGAACAAAAAGUCCAAGCAACCACGCCUCGAAGAAGUACCCGCAAAGCUCAGCAGGAGCCUCCUAAAGAGGAGGUUGAAGAGAAGGAGGCUGUAGAAAAUGAUAUCACCGCUGUAGCUGCUUCUAUGGCAGCUUCUCCUGCCAGACGGAGGACUGCACAGAAGUCUGCUUCUACAAGGUCCAGCCAAAAGACCCAAGGUGUUAGUGAGGUGUCCACUGCUGCAGAGGUUGAGGAAGGCAUGAACCAAGAACACGAGGUCACAGAGAAAAUAGCUGUUCCACAAACUAGCUCCAAGACACUGACACCGGCCAAACGCAGGGCAACCCAGGAAAGCACACCAAAGCGGAGGUCACAGCGGCAGAUAAUGAGCAGCAGGGAGGUGGAGGUGACACCAUUAGAGGUUUUAAAAGAGGAGGAGGAGGAAGUCUUUGCUCCACCUGUCAGUCGCAGCACACGAAAGACAAACACAGAAGCAUCAGAGACACAGUCAGCACUGGAGGAGGACACAAAACAGCCGAUCAGAAGCCCUGGCAGAACAACGCGACAGUCCAACCGGGUCUCACUCAAUGCCUUACCUCAAAGCACAAGGACGACGAGAGGGAAGAAACGUACUGAAAACAUGAAUGAAAAUGAGGAUCUACAUGUGGCUGAAGUCAACAGCAGCGCCAGUCGCGCCAACUCCCGUCGACCCACCAGGAGCAAACUCUGGGACCACCAGGAAGAAAAUCUCCUCUUACUGGACUCGCCAUUGGAGGUGGAUUCUCAGACGCCCGUCGCAGACGCGCUCAUAAAAAGACUCCAAGAUGAGGAAGUGAAACGGGAAGGCGCAGUAGAGCUCUCGAAGGUGGUGAGAACUAACCAGCGGAGUACAAGGUCGUCUGUGGAGCCUGUGCAAGAACCUCAAGAUGACGAAACUAGUCCUGGCGAGCAUUCGUUUGUUUACUCCCCCUCACGGAGGCGAGCAAGAGGCAACAGAGCCGGGUCCGUUGGCCCAAUGGAGGAGCCUGCUACGCCUGCCACUCGCAGCAGGAGAAGAGCCAACCGGGACGGGGCUGCUCAGGAGGAGGUUACCUCUGUAGAAGAGGAUGAUCAUGUGGGGGUGGACAAAGGAGGAGCUUCUAGAAGUAAAAAUCCAAGCAAACGAACAGCCAGAUCCAAAGAGGCUCUGGAGCCGCCGCCCGUAGCAGAGGUGGACCUGAUCUCGCCUCCACCCAGCCCUGCUGAUCCGCUCCCACGAGCUCAGAAGGCUAAGGGAGGAGAGGCGCCGACCUCGAGCAUGAACCUCCGGCGCAAGCGCAUAAUGGAGAACGUUUUCACCAAACCCGUCACCCGGAGGAAGAAACUGUAAACGAGGUUUGUGGUGGUUUUAACCAGUGGACCUCAGACGGACACCUGACCUCAGUCAGGAGCUGUUGAAUAAAAAUUGUCCAUCUGAAGUGUUUAUGGUUCUGUUUCCUCAAAUGCCUCAAAGCGUGGGCGUUGUCUUCAGAUCUCGAAUUCCCUGUGGGAGAAUAAAAUGCAGGCAGGAAAAUCUAUUUUUGCGACAAAAAACACACUGGUGGACAUCGGUGUGAGAGAGGACUAUAUUUUUGGAGUUUUCAUCUUCUGCUUGUAAUAACUUCAUUUAACUUGAUAUUGUGUCUGUGGCCAUUUUGCGAAGCUCCUUGUUAUCAGCUGAACUCUCGCAAGGAGCAACCGAUCAGUGUGGAUUUUAAGAAGUUCCAGUUAGGAAAACCAGAGACUGAACUCACCUCCGACAAAGGGGUUUUAAUAAAGUCUUUUAUUUUAAUUUUUUGUUUGUUUUGUAGUUGUUUACUUUUAAAUUUCGAGGCCUGCUGUUUUUUCUAUUUAAGAAGAAAGGCAACCGACCCGGUGGGAAUGAAACAUUUCUACUCCUAUGUUUGUAUAUAGUCUUUUGCUAUGUUCCAAAUAAAAUUAAUAAAUAAAUCCUAAAGAAUUAUGUUCUUUUGCAAAGUUAAGGUGUCCUGCAUUGCGUUUGAUCUUCUAAUCAGAUGCCUGUGCCAUAGUCUUAAGUCGUGGUUUAUUGGGGACUUGUACACUGUUGCUAACAGAGUUAAACUACUGUAACAGGGUUGUUGUGUUGGAGCAAAGACACGGUGAAUUGGAGUAGAUAGAACUUGUUUUGGGACAUUAAUAGGCUUUAGUUGAAUCCAUGGCAACCACCAUCUGACACAGGCUGUUUUCUGAUGAAUGUAUGUAGAAUGUCUUAUUUUUGACGACUGCUCUUUGAUAAACAUGGUAAAUCCUCAA